UAAACGCGGCCAGUUUCGAAAUGAUAUAAAUAUUUCCCGCCUACUGGUUCUAGAGCCUUCAAGGCUUCUUCAACAAGUCCCCAGAGUCGUCUUCUGCAUCCAGCUCGCUUCCAUGUCGAAGAAGAGAGGGCUUUCGUUGGAGGAGAAGCGCGAGAAGAUGCUCCAGAUCUUCUACGAUUCUCAGGAUUUCUUUCUUCUGAAGGAGCUCGAGAAAUCGGGGCCGAAGAAAGGUGUUAUAUCUCAGUCUGUGAAGGAUGUGAUCCAGAGUUUGGUGGAUGAUGAUCUUGUUUUCAAGGACAAGAUUGGAACCUCUGUGUAUUUUUGGAGUCUCCCUAGCUCGGCUGGAAAUCAGCUAAGGACUGUUUAUAGCAGACUUGAAUCUGAGCUGCAAAGCAGUAAGAAGCGGCAUGUAGAACUUGUUGAACAGUGUAAUGAGCUGAAGAAGGGAAGAGAAGAAUCUGAUGAGCGAGAGGAGGCCUUAGCUGAGCUUAAAGAGAUUGAGCAACAGUACAACAAGCUGAAGGAAGAGUUGGGGCAGUAUGCAGAUAAUGAUCCAGCUGCCUUGGAAGCAAUGAAGAAUGCCAUUGAAGUUGCCCAUGCAGCAGCUAAUCGAUGGACAGACAACGUCUUCACAGUGCGCCAAUGGUGCUCAAAUAACUUCCAGUCGGCCAAAGAGCAGCUUGAACAUAUGUACAAGGAGGUUGGAAUAACAGAAGACUUUGACUAUCUGGAGAUGUCACCCGUUCCACUGAGCUCAGUUGGUGAUUAGAUGCUGAGAGAGCCAAUCUUACGUGUUAUAUAUUAUCGCUUAAGCACUCUUUAGGAUGUAAAACUUAAGAGAAACGCAGAACUUCUACCGUUGUUUGUAGUCUAAUUCCAAGUUUGCACUCAAAUGCUGCUGUACCGGUUAUGCUUAUGAAACCGUUUUUGUAAGAAAGCCGCAUAUUUGAAUGCUUAGUAGGAUCAUCCAAGGAUUUAAAGAUGGAAAAUUUCUG